AUGGAGAAGAAGGCCUCUCUGGAAGAUCAUUCCAUUCCCAAGGAGGAUGCUAGUACUGGAAUUGUUCUUCCUUACCGUCAGACCCAGCGCGGUCUGGCGUCGCGACAUGUCCAAUUGAUGGCGAUUGGCGGUUCUAUUGGAACUGGACUAUUCGUUGGUAUUGGGUCGUACCUUCAUGAUGCGGGACCUCUUUCUCUCUUCCUAGGUUAUUUGAUUUGGGGUGUUUUGUUUAUUCUUCCUGUCAAUCUAAGCGUCGGAGAAAUGUGUGCAUACCUCCCAAUCAGAGGUUCAAUCUUCGAAUUGGCAGCACGAUUCAUUGAUCCGGCCUUCGGCUUUGCUAUGGGGUGGGUCUACUUCUAUGGAGGUGUCAUGUUAGUCUGUACGGAAUACGCAGCUGUGGCUACAGUCAUGCAGUACUGGAAUACAAGCAUCAAUCCGGCUGUUUGGGUUGCUAUGGCCAUGGUCGUCUGCUCCCUCCUCAACUUUGUUGCUGUCAAAUACUAUGGAGAAAGUGAAUUCAUCAUGGCCUCCACCAAGAUAUUGCUUCUCAUUGGACUGGUCAUGUUGACUCUUAUCACCAUGGUCGGUGGCAAUCCAAAGCAUGAUGCCUAUGGAUUUCGCAAUUGGACCUCGGGCGUCAUGUUUGAAUACUACACCGAUGGAGUCACAGGGAGAUUUCUAGGCUUUUUCUCUGUCAUGGUUUAUGCUGCAUUCUCCGUCGCCGGGCCCGACCUCCCUGCUCUAGCCGCCGGAGAGAUUCAAAACCCACGACACACUAUACCCCGUGUUGUGAAAGCAACAUUUUGGCGAAUCGUCGGCUUUUACGUAGUCGGGGUUCUCGCGGUGGGCAUUAUUUGCAAUCCGAAUGAUCCCCGCCUCAUGUCGGCAAUUGCCUCGGCCGGGGCAGGAUCUGCCGCCUCGCCAUGGGUCAUUGGAAUUGAGAAUCUGGGGAUUCACGGUCUACCAGAUUUGAUUAAUCUUCUCAUUCUUCUCUCUGGGUGGUCUUGCGGUAAUGCCUACCUCUACAGCUCUAGUCGAACACUCUAUUCCCUAGCCCGCGAUGGGCAAGCACCCAAAUUUCUCCUGAAAUGCACGAAAUCUGGAAUUCCAAUCUACUGUGUUCUGACAGUCUCCUUACUUUCUUGCAUCACUUUCUUGGUUGCAGGCUCCUCAUCUGUAACGGUGUUCUAUUGGUUCGUCGAUUUGACCACCAUUGCUUUUGUCCUAACCUAUACGGGUAUGGUUUGCGUCUUCCUUGCUUGGUAUCGUGCAUUGAAAGCACAAGGAAUCGAUCGGAAACAGUUUGUUCCGUGGGCAUCUCCUGGACAGCCUUAUGCUGCUUGUCUUGCUGUCGUGAUAGGUUCUUUGGUUGCUAUCUUCAACGGAUUUUCCGUUUUUAAGCCAUUCAGCGUCCAAGGCUUUGUUACUUCCUACUUUGGACUUGCGUUUUGGGUCGUAAUGUUUUCGUUCUGGAAGAUUUACCACCGAACAAAGUUUGUCGAUCCGGUUUCGGCAGAUCUUUACGCUGGUAAGGCGGAGAUUGACGAGGAGUGCAAGAUAUGGGAGGAUGGCGGGUAUGAGGAGCGACGUAAAGUUGAACUGGCUCAAAUGAACUGGUUCCGGAGAGUUUGGGAGCGGAUGUGGUAA